AUGCCCUUCGGAACAACCUACUUUGCCCCCGCCCCCCUCGGACGCGACAUGUUCAUGGUCCCCAAGCUCGAGUCUGAUCCCCGCGAGUUCUACGUCGACGAUGAAAAGGACCUCGCCGCCCAGGAUGGCGCCUACUUGCACGUUGAGCGUGCUGCCCCAGGUGCCAAGCAGCCCCUCGACAGGAUGAGACUCAACCGCAUCCUCAACGGCGAGCAACAACACCAACAGGGAGACAACGCACACGCACACCACCACCAGGAUGGAACCGACCAAUACCAGCAGCAGCAGGGAUAUCCUUACCACGAUCACUCCCCCACCAUGCAAUCCUUCCACUCCUCCACCGGACCUAUCCCUGUCUCGAACUUUCCCGUCUCGCCCGUCGCCUCGCUCUCGCCCAUGACUUCCUCCUCGGAUGGAUCCCCCGUGCCCGCUGGUAUGGCACCUACGUUGGCGACUAUGUCCUCGCCCCUGUCGCCCAUGACAUCCUUCCCAACCAUGAGCCAGCCUACGCUGAUGUUUGACGACGUGAUGCCCUACUCCUACAACAUUCCUCAGUACCACACCACCCAAGCCUACCCCUUCAAGCAUGCUGGAAAUGCGAAGCCCAUGGAUUCCUCUGCGUUUGGUACCGAGGCCGGCAACAACAACAACCAGGGUCAUUCCCCACAGACCCACCACUACAGCAGUCAAGAGUCGGACCACUCAGACUCGUCUCCCACGGUCCUCAGUGCUUUCCCCCCUACACGUGCUAUGAACUCGCUGGUCGAUCAUUCGUCGUACUCCAUGCCCGACUCUCCCCCAUACUCUUCCUCUUCCUUCUACCACAACGGCCAGAACCAGAUCCCCUCGCCUUACUCUGUUGGAUCUCACAGCCCCAUUUCAAACGGCGCCUACUUCACAGCCUAUGGAACGCCAUCGAAUUUCACGCCAACACCACCAACGACUCCUCCCUAUGGAUACUCGCACACGACCGGUGCUGAUGGAAGCCGUUACCCAGGAGGACCCAUGCCCAUGUACGCCGACCACCACUUCUCCAUGCCCACAUCACAACAGCCCACCAACGCCCGGGCAAGUCGACCUUCGGGAGGCCGUGGUGGACGCAAGGCACCGUACGAGCCCCGCGCAGCACGUUCAUCAGAAGGAAACGCGGCCAACGGCGUCACGCCAGCACCCCGCCGGUUCCAGUGCCACGAGUGCGAGAAGGCCUUCCCCACCAAGGGCGAGCUUGCAUCACACUCCCGUUGCCACUUGACUGUCCCUGCUUUCAUGUGCGGGAUCUGUGGACGCCCCUUCAAGCGCCGGACAGACUACGUCCGUCACGUUCGCAAUGUCCACGAGGAGGUCGGUCGCUACAGCUGUACUCAGUGCGGAGAGCGGUUUGGGCGCCUCGACAAGCUCAAGCGCCAUGACAAGCAUGGUUGCGGGAACGAAAUCAAAGACGGCAGCGAUGUGUAA